GACGGCGCCACUCACAGUGGAGCAGAGCGGGCACGAGCCACCGGACAGGUCCAGCACACCGGCUGUACCGGACUACCGAACUGGACCGGAUCUACGGCGGACCCCACAGAACCGGAGCGGGUUUGGGCUUUACACCGGACACGACUGGAGGAGGAGCCAUGCUAUAGGUGCGUUUGUGCGUGGCUGAUCUGCCUGGUGGACUGUCAGAGGCCUCAUGGCGGAGCUGCCUAUCGCCCCGGGCCAGGUCUACAUCGAGGUGGAGUACGACUACGAGUACAAGUCCAAGGACCGGCUCAUCACCAUCCGCCAGGGAGAAUGCUACAUGCUGGUCAAGAAGACCAACGAGGACUGGUGGCAGGUGAGGAAGGAGGAGGGGACUAAAGCCUUCUACGUUCCGGCUCAGUAUGUCCGCGAGGUCCGCAAAGCCCUCAUGCCCCCACCCAAACCCAUCCACACCCAUCCUCCCACCGCUUCCACCGGCAUCCCACAGACCGGGGGGUCUCUGUGGAUCAAACCCACCAGUCUGGACCUGGGAGGACACGAGCGCAACGCUGACCAUUUACAAAGACACGAGUCCAGCUACCGGCGCUCCCCCUCCGCCCAGACCGCCUCCUCUGGACACUUCAGCCCCCCCAUCCACCGCAGGGACAGCAACCACCGCCACAGUCCUGGCGCCUUCAGCGACCACGACCGUGCUCUGGCCGAGAUCCUCGUCCAGGGCGCCGACCUUCACAAAGGAAACUCUCUGCCCCGAACCCGGGCUCGAUCCCCAGAGCUGGUCAGGAUGCCGCUGGAUGUGGACGGCGCUCAGCCCUGCGACUCCGCGGGCGAGGAGCGACGCACCAACGACUCGGAGUCCGGAGACGAGCUGAGCAGCAGCUCCACCGAACACCUCCAGACGGUGUCUUCUUCAUCCAGACAUGGACGCUCCGAGUCUCCGGUCUACACCAACCUCCAGGAGCUGAAGAUCACCCAGGCCCACCUGCCCCCCCUGCCCUCCGGAUCCCCCCUUCACACCGUCGGCGACUGGGAGACCUACAAAGACCAGAACGGCAGACACUACUACUACAACCCCUACACCCAGGAGAGGACAUGGAAGCCCCCCAGGACCAGGGACAGCAGCACCGGGAACUCCAGAGGGGACGGUCACAGUGCUGGAGACAGCUCCGAGACCACCCCUCUGUCGCUCUCGCCGUCUUUCCUCCCCUUCCUGUCUUCGCUGUCCAUGGGCCGUCUGCAGCCUCUGUCGUCGGAGGACACCUGCUUCAGCGCCUACUCCAGCCAAUCAGACAGCCAGUACGGCUCGCCGCCUCGCGGUUGGUCCGAGGAGAUGGACGAGUACGGUCACACUCUGUAUGUCAGUGACUAUACUAACGAGAAGUGGCUCAAACACACGGACGAGCAGGGCCGACCGUAUUACUACAGCGCAGACGGGUCCAGGUCCGAAUGGGAACUGCCAAAGUACAACCACUCCCCCCCCCAGCCAUCUGGAGAAGGUCCCAAGUGUCGCAGUCUGGACCGCAGACAGGUGGAGCCCAUCGUCCUCACCAAGUGGAGACACAGCGCCUACGUCCAGGAGCCCAGCGAAAAGGACUGUCCUACAGGCCUCAGGUCCCCCUGUCCUGACUCUGACUCCUGUCCUUCAUCUCCAAAGCCCCCCCCUUCUCCGUCUGAAAAGUGUGGAGUUCUGAACAUGACGAAGAUCACAGAGAAUGGAAAGAAAGUACGGAAGAACUGGACUUCCUCCUGGACCGUCCUCCAUGGAUCCACACUGCUAUUCGCCAAAGGCCAGGGAGGCGGGACCAGCUGGUUCGGAGGCGGUCAGUCCAAACCAGAGCUCACUGUGGACGUGAAGGGGGGUUCUGUAGAAUGGGCCUCCAAGGACAAGUCCAGCAAGAAGCACGUUAUAGAGCUGAAGACUCGUCAGGGAACGGAGCUGCUGAUCCAGUCAGAAAACGAAGGCGUCAUCACAGAGUGGUUCAGAGCACUGCAGGACACUAUCAGCACCCAUGCCUGGGAGUCAGAUGAGGCCAUCGAAGAGGACAUGCCUGAGUCUCCUGGUGCAGAGAAGGACAAAGAACACAGAGACUCCAAGAAAGGCAGAGCCAUGAAGACGUCCUCCAGCAUGGACGGAUCCGACAACAAGAAGACCAGACACAAGCUGAAGAAGUUCCUGACCCGCAGACCCACGCUGCAGGCCGUCCGAGACAAAGGCUACAUUAAAGGUACCUGUGGGGGGGGUUUAACCCCUUACUGCCUACAUUUAUUUACAAUUAUAUAUACAGGGUGGGGAAGCAAAAUUUUGGAGGUUAUGACUCUGUUUGGGAAAGUGGUUCAAGCUAACAGAGAUGACCAGGAGGAGGUGGAGGGGUCCAGCAGGGGGCGAAGUCCUAUCCAGCUGCCUUGUAAAGCUUCAGCAGAGCUGGCCUGA